AUGUUUAUUCUCACCAAAAUCGCGGAUCUGGUCCAGAUCGCGCCCGACGAUUUCAAAAAAAGAAGCAUCGUGGCCAUUGAAGACAACAUCAACGCCAAGUAUGCAAAUCGUGUCAUUCAGAAAAUCGGGCUUUGCAUUUGCCUUUAUGAUCUCCUGUGGACCUCAGAGGGGCUUAUCGGCCAUGGCACAGGCUUGGUGAACGUGAAUGUCCGCACUGACUUCUUUGACGACAUCUUCGUCCCCUUUGAGGAUCUUCCCGAGGGAGCCGAGUUCAACCACCGGGAUCAGAUCUGGAUAUGGAACUGUGACGAGGAAACGCAGCUGUUCUACGACAUUCACGAAAUGGUUCGCUUCCAGGUCAUCGAUGAGGAAUGGCACGACCAGGCGCCGCUGGGUCCAAGCCAGUCGGAGGAGGAGGUACUUCCCACGCCCUACAAGAUCAAGGGCUCCAUGGCCAUGGAUGGACUGGGUGUCUGCCUUUGGUGGGAUGGCGAAGGAAACGAGGAGCAGGAACAGGCUGUUUGA